GAGACUCCUUGCGGGUAGUCCGCAAGGGCGGGCCUGCUGAUUUAUCCACGAAGCUCUUCUCAUUUAUGUCAAACGUCUGCAUGCUAGCCCUCUGGAAGACGCUCUGGGCUGUAAGCCUGCCGAUAGGCAAACUGAUAGCUCUUAACCUCUGGCUGGGCAGGAGCUUCCUCACGCUGGCUAUCCACUUUGAGCACCAGGUUUUGCGAGCCAUUGGCUGGCUCUCCUCGCCCGCGCUGCCCCCACACUCCAAGCUGGCGCGGGUAUACAAGCGACAGAUGGGCUCGGACGUGAAGAACUGGCACGUCGGGCUUGCUACGGUUGUGGCAAUUGGCGUGGUCACAAGCGCUGUGCGCAAGUGGCAGGAGCGCAUGGACGCCCGCCACAGACGUCGCGCCUGCCUGCGGCGGUUGUUGUCGGCGGCAAACAGCUACGAGCAGUGGAGGGAAAUUGCGGAGCAGUUGUACGCGCUGGAGGAGGCCGAUAUGCCAGCCGGCGAUGUUUCCACCCGGCGCGCGGCGCGCCUCUACGACCGCAAGCUGCUGCUGGAGAAGACGAACCACCUGCGCUCAGUUCGGGCGACGGGGAACGUGAAGGAGAUUAUGCUCGCGCUUCGAACGGACCUCAUCCGCAACAUCGCAAACAUAGCGAAAAGCCAGCUGCACGAGCACUUUGUGUCCAUCCCCGAUGACAUCGGGCGCUACCUGGCGGAGAUGAAGGAGCAGCUGGCGCAGCUGGUGGAGUGGCCGGAGGACGAGCUGUCUGCGGAGGAGAAGCUGGCGUUCUUCCGCGAGACGCGGCACACCUUCGGCCGCACCGCGCUGCUGCUGAGCGGCGGCGGCGGGCUGGGCACGUUCCACAUCGGCGUGGUGAAGGCGCUGUUUGAGCGGCAGCUGCUGCCGCGCGUGCUGGCGGGCAGCAGCGUGGGCAGCAUCGUGUGCGGCAUCAUCGCCACCAAGACGGACGCCGAGCUGCGCGACCUGUUUUCGCGGCUGGACGAGUUCGACGUGGGUUUCUUCUCCAACAGCCGCGCGGUGGAGCUGGUGCAGCACCUCAUCAACAAGGGCAGCCUGCAGGACAUGUCGUACAUGAUCAAGAAGCUGCGCGGCCUCAUGGGUGACGCCACCUUCCUGGAGGCGUACGAGCGCACCGGCCGCAUCCUGAACGUGACGGUGUGCCCCGCCGACACCAACGAGCCGCCGCGGCUGCUCAACUACCUCACCGCGCCCAACGCGCUCAUCUGGAGCGCCGUGGCCGCCUCCUCCGCCUUCCCGGGACUGUACCCGGCGCAGCACAUCCUGGCGCGCAACAGCCGCGGAGAGAUCAUCCGCUUCUCGGCCCAGUCCACCAAUGACUCGCUGGAGCGGCGGUGGCGGGACGGCUCCCUGGAGCUGGACCUGCCCGUGCAGGCUCUGGGCGAGAUGUUUAACUGCAACCACUUCCUGGUGAGCCAGACCAACCCGCACAUCGUGCCGCUGCUGAACCUGAAGAAGGCGCUCAGCCGCAAGUGGGCCAACGUGCUGGAGGCGGAGCUCAAGCACCGCUGCCAGGUGGCGCAGUGGCUGCUGCCCGAGUGGGUGCCCAGCAAGUGGCUCAUGCUGUUCACGCAGGCCUGGGAGGGCGACAUCACCAUGACGCUGCCCUCGGCGCUGUGGCACCUGAGCAAGACCAUUGUGAACCCCACCACGGAGGAGCUCAUCCGCAACGUCAAGGUGGGCGAGGUGGCCACCUGGGAGAAGAUCAGCGCCAUCGAGUGCAACUGCUCCAUCGAGGCCACGCUGGACAAGUGCCUGGCCAACAUCGCCAACCAGGUCCGCGGCUACCGGCUGCAGCGCAUGCACAACCGCAUCCCCUCCUGGCUGCACAUGUCGGCGGUGGGCCUGCCCGCCGUAGCCUCCUGGGGCGACUCGGAGUUUGCCGAGGCAGCCGCCUCCAUCGCCGCCGCCGCCGCCAGCGGCGGCGCGCGCGGCACCUCCUGGGGCACGCCGCACGCCGCCGCCACCAGCCUGGUCCUGGCGGACGCCGCGGCGGCGGGCGGCGGCAUUGGAGACGGCGGCCUGCCGCCGCUGCCAAUGCCGCCGCCGGCGCCCAGCACAGGCCGCCGCAGUGGCGUCGCCACGGGCGUCGCCGGCGGGCCGUCGCCGACGCACCCGCUCGCAGUGGCUGCCAGCAUGACCACCAGCACCCUGGCCCUCCUGAACCUGGGCGGUGGCGGACUGCCAGGUGGCGCCGGGGUGGGAUCGCCGCCCAGGGGCCUGGGCGUCCUGGGCAGCAGCCCCGGCCCCCGCGGCGGCAUGCCGGCCUCUUACAGCCUGGCGGCGCUACAGCACGGCGGCCGCGGCGCCGGCGGCGCCGUUGACGGGCUGCCGCGGCCGCGCUACAGCGACGGCGGUAUGGCGUUCGCCAGCCCGGGCUGUGGCGGCGGCGGCACCGCCGCCACUGCAGCCGGCGCGGUCAGUGGCGUGCCCGUUGCGCUGGGUGCCGUGCCGGCUGCGGCGGUGCACGCCAACGGCCACCACCACAACGGCGUGCUGGGCGGCCCGCACCACCACGGCGCCCCCCACCACGGCCAUGGCGGCCACGGUCUGGGGCUAGGCACCAUCGGCGGCCUGAUGGGCGGCCUGAUGGGCGGCGUGGACGGGCUGCUGCGCAUGGGCUCCUCGCCGCAGCGCUUCGGGCCGCUGUCGGGAUAUGUGGGCGGCGGCGCCACCGGCACCGUCGCCGGCGGGCUGCGGGGCGUGGGUACGGGUGGGGGAGGUGGCGGCGGCGCCAGCGCGGUGCCGACGCUGCCGACGUGGGUGGACGCGGCGUCCGAGUGUGAGGACAGCGCUUCAGACGCGGCGGCGCAAACGGCCGGCAGCACCGGCGCCGGCAGCAGCAGCGCGGCGGGUGCGGCGGGCGGCACGGCCGGCGGUGGCGAGCCCGGCAGCGGCCGCAACAGCCGCAGCGAUAGCGCCGGUCGCAUCAGCCAGGAGCUGUUGGAUCUGGCUUACUGCGACUGCACCGACAGCUCGGCGCGCGACCUGUGGAGCACGUUGCUGCCGCUGGCGCAGCAGAGCGUGAGCCUGGGCGAGACGGCGCCGGCGCGGGUGGGAGGCGGCGCCAGCGCGACAGGCCUGGCGACGGCGGCCGCGGCGCGGCGCGCGGGCGGCACCUCGGACCCGGAUGCUCUGGACGUGUUUGCGUACUGAGGAGGUGGGCGCGGAGAGGGGAGGGGUAGCAGGAGGCAGUGCGGGCGUGGCGUGGCGUGGCGAGGAGGCUGCAGCGCAGGUGGGCCGAGGUGCAAGAGCGGCAGAAGCUUUUGGGAAAGAGCGUUUGGCGUGUGUGAAUUUUGACGCGGCGCACGACAGGGGCGGGACAGGCAGUGCGGCGCAUGCGCGUGCGCGCAGGAGGGAGUGACAGGACGAAUGGAUUGCUGCCAGCAACACCGCGGCACAGCACUGCUGAAGGAGUUGACGCCUUGGGGGCCGACAAAGGCCGCGGAGGGAGAAGUAUAACAGGCAACGAGUGAGGCCUCAACCGCCAGAGUUGGCGCUUUGUAUGCACUUGUGUGUGGCGCUUGCGAUAGAAGUAGUAUGCUACGAAGAGAGCUGUUAGGAGACCCUUCACGAGAGUCAUGGAAUCCGUGUGCAUUUGCGCGUACCUCACGGCAACAGGCCGCGGCCGCGGCGACCGCACUUGGUCUUUCGGCACGGUAGCCAAGGGGCGCCGCGCAGCGCGCACCGCAUGCACAUGCCAGUAUCCAAUAGUUAAUUUGAGAGCGCGUGCUGUGCACGCCGAUAUAAAUGCAAGCGCUUGCAUUUAUGUGUGGUUGGUUGAGAUGCGGAUGCAGAGCGUGGGAUAACCUCGGCCUCAGCCUCAAGCUUAUCAAUCUGUGCUUCGGAAGCACACCGUCUUUGGAUGACCGCGCAGUGGCUCGGUCGCAACAUGAAGGGGGCGCGUGUUUGUAGCACCCUCUGAAGCGCACACGCCGGCGGCACCAGACACAGGCAACUGGGUGCCACCGCGCAGUCGUGGGUCGGGGGCGUGUCACGCGUAUUCUGCGCUCAGAACGCUUCACGGGCGCCUGCAUUGAGUCGAGCAUAGGCUCAUCAGUAGCAACCGCUCGCGGUCCCAAUGUUUGUCUAAUCGUCGUGCGGUCAUGGGGAUGUAUGGGACUGCCUGUGAAGCUGUUUAGGCUACCGGACCGGACCUUCUUUGUCCUGUCGUGUGUUUGGCCAAGUCGCUUCUUAUUCUAUAUCCGUAUCAUGGGGGCAUUGCAGAUGCAUUGCCGCCGGAGAGGGGCCGGGCGCGGCCCGCCUGCGGGCUCCCUCACUCUCCCAUUUGUGGUGGCGGGGCGCGGCGGUGGGUGCGGCGGGGCGGAAGUAGUGGUGGUGGCUUACUGCGUGAAAGACGCUCUUGCGUGGGUAGCAUGCGAAGCAUGUGUGUGUGUGUGUGUGUGUGUGUGUGUGUGUGUGUGUGUGUGUGUGUGUGUGUGUGUGUGUGUGUGUGUCUGCAUUAGGACUCCAGGAGCGGCCUGUGGUGUCGUGUGCCGGGGCGCUGCGCCCUGCAUUGGGUGUAAGAGCCCCAGGACGGGAUACUGUGCGUGGCGCGGGUACGAGUCGGCGCACACAGACGGAGGGAUAGAGCAGGCAGCCAUGUUUGCAUGUUGGCGUCAGGACGUGUGCGGGCGACGCAGUCGCAGGGCCUGGACGGCACCUUCGGCAGAUGCGUACAUUUUUGACGCAACAUGGAUGAAAUGUGUGUGGGAUGCAGGGGCAAUAAGGCAUAACACGCUGGGAUACUCCCCAGCUGGGAUGCAGUUGCACGUGCCAGGGUGCCACCUGCCCAGGACCCGGGGCGGGCACUGGCGUACGGCCGUGGGUUGUGGGGUACACGAAUGGCGGCGCUGGCGUACGGCCGUGCGCACGCGCCUGUCCGUGUCCCGUGACACCUGUAACUACUACGGCAC